UACUCUUCUGUGGAUCAAGUCCUUAUAUAAAGUCAUUGUUUCACCAUACUCUAGUGUAGAAACAAAAUGGCGAGAUUAUUUCUACUCUUGGUUCUCUGUGUGUUUGUAGUCUCAUUGGCAGGUUCAGAGCUUGUCAUCGAUGUCCAACCAAACGUCAUAACGACAGAGAUAACACCCCAACUUGUGAUCAACUGUUCUAUAACCAAUAACGAAGUCCAACAACUAGACCUGAUCAAAUCUCUAACUCUUUCUCGUUAUAAUGAAACUAUCAGAGAAUUUGAUGAACUCUUAGCUUUGGAUUCCUUGACACAAAAUCUAAAACAAUUUGUUAGAUUUAAAUAUUCACAAAUCAGUUUUGGUAAUCGGUAUAUAACCUUAAUCCUACAUAAUCCAACUCAGUUUGAUGCCAGAAUAUACAAAUGUAAUGCCACUGGAGACAAUUCAGAAGGCGCCAAUAUUUCUUUGUUUGCAAAGAAGGCAGUAGAAUAUGAAACAAACUCGACCGCUUUAAUUGAAGAGAUUCGACGCAUCAAGAAAGACGAAAACUUUUGCUCUUUCAAGAAAGAUGAUCUGUCAGACAGCAAGCAAAGAUCGAGAGUUUAUUUUUCUGGAAGUUCUGAUAUUAUUAAAGAACGGAUUGAACCUUUGACAUUAAAAUGUACAUUUCAGGUUUUAAAAACAGAUCAAAAUGAAACUUCCAGACUUCAGUCUUUGUAUAUACUUCAUGAGUCCAAAGGUGUUAUUGCAUAUGUAAACAAAGAUCAACCCGUUGUUACAAGUCUCCAAGGAAGUAAUAUACAAAAUGUUGAAGGAGAAAUCUAUGACAACGCAAUUAAAGAUUCCUAUCUUCAAGUCACAUGGAGUAAUCUGAAACACUCUGAGUCAGGAAAAUAUUUUUGCGAAGCCCAUAAUCAAUAUUCAGAUGGAAGAAUUGACAAGUCAAGUAACAUGUUAACCAUGACAGUUGAAAGACCAACGUUUGAUGACUUGGUGGAAGCAAUUCACAAAUUGUUUAUACAGGUCGAUGGAGCCAAAGAAAGCCUAAAAGCUAUUAAUCAAAAUAUAAAGAACAUCAACAAAGACUUGGAUUUUAAAGAACAAAAUAUCACAAGCAUAAAAGAAGAGGUGAUUAGAAAUCAAAAUAAUAUACAGAUCCUUAGUGAUGACUCGAACAUUAAGGAACAAAAUUUGACAAGCAUUAAAGAAGACUUAAGCACUAAACAACAAACUUUUUUAAGCAUCAAAGAAGAUGUGAUUAUUAACCAACAAAAUAUAGACAAAAUUAAACAAGACUUAAACACUUAUCGACAUAAUAUGAGCAACAUUCAAGAGCAUCUGGAAGUAAUCUUAGCCAAUCUUUCAACUGCCUCGAUAAAAGUGAAAAAUCAGAUCGAUGAAGGAAGCACAAUGAGCUAUCCACCCCGUAAAUCUUGUCGUGACGUCAACAGUACAGACGAGCGUGUGGUGGUAACAUUAACUUCCGGGUUAAAGGUCAUGUGUGACACCAAGACAGACGGCGGUGGAUGGAUCAUCUUUCAGAGAAGAAUCAACGGAAAAGUAGAUUUCUAUAGAGGCUGGAAGGAGUAUCGUGACGGCUUUGGAGAUUACGCAAUUGGCGAAUUUUAUUUGGGGAACGAAUAUAUUUCUAAAUUAACAUCCACAAGAAAUUUCGAUCUGAGAAUUGAUUUUAAGUUUAACCACAAGAUCUAUUUUGUGGAAUUCUCGGAUUUUAGGAUAUUGAAUGAAACAAACAACUACCAAUUAAAGAUAGGAAAAUAUAAAGGAAAUGCUAGUGACGAAUUCUCGUACCACAAUAAUAUGAAAUUUAGUACCUUUGAUAGAGACAACGACGUCGAUACAAGAAACUGUGCACUACAAUACACAGGUGCAUGGUGGUACAAAGAUUGCCAUUUUUCAAACCUUAACGGUCAAUGGGGAAGUAAGGAAUAUAGCAAGGGCGCUAACUGGGAAAGCAUAACUGGAUAUGGAGCUAGUGUCUCCUUUGUAGAGAUGAAAAUAAGAGAAAGAUAGUCAAAUAUCUCUUAAGAAUCAUAUAAUCAAUGCUUCAUAUAACGGCGGAGUAGAUCAAUGACUCAUACUUGGUCAAGGUUCAUUAGUAUAUAGAACAAACAAAUGCAUUUAAUUUUAUUUUCGUUUAAGUUUAUCUCUAAUAUAGAAGUUAGGUUUAUACACCCAUCCUUUGAAUAGCAAGUAAAUAUGUAUCCUAUGUAUAGUAAAACUUUUUUAGAUCAUUUAUAGCAAGUUUACAUUAUAUCACGUAUAGCAAGUUUACAUUAUAUCAUGUAUAGCAAGUUUACAUUACAUCACGUAUAGCAAGUUUACAUUAUAUCACGUAUAGCAAGUUUACAUUAUAUCAUUUAUAGCAAGUUUACAUUAUAUCACGUAUAGCAAGUUUACAUUAUAUCAUGUAUAGCAAGUUUACAUUAUAUCACGUAUAGCAAGUUUACAUUAUAUCAUGUAUGUCAGGGUUAUGUUAAGGCCUUAGCUCGUUUGCCCGGGCACCUGACAUUCAACCAGGCACCUUCGUGCUUGCAAUAAAUAAGUGACUCACUGUUGACAAUGUAAAUGUUUAAUGAUAGGACUUUAAGUUAUGAUGAACAUUAUAAUAUUGUGGAUCUAUUAAUUAAUUAAUAAUUCUACACAUUUGCUGUCCCACAACGUACACAUUAAAGUUCGAAACCACAACACAACACACUGCUGUCUCUAGUCACCAGCGUAGACUUCCAAUCCCAAACUAACUCCCUGUCAAGACAAAGUAAAGACAAACUAAAAAGGUCUAGUAUACUAUCACUAUGGCAUCGAAAACAACUGCGAAACGCAGUUAUGCCUUAGAUACUCACCCUAAACAGGGGAACACAGAAGAAUCUCAACAAACGUUACACCAGCAUAACAAAAACACUCCAUCAGCUUACAAGCAAUGCAACAAAAAGAAAGUGCGUUCACAAAUUGUGCACUUAAUACACAUUGGUGCUAGAAUGCCAUAAUCUACGCACCGACAAUGUAUAGCAGGUUUACAUUAUAUCACGUAUAGCAAGUUUACAUUAUAUCAUGUACAGCAAGAUUAUUUUAUCUCAUGUAUAUCAAUUUCAAGUUUAUCUUAUGUAUGGCAAGUUUAGUUUAUCUCGUUUAAAGCUAGUUUACCUUAACUCAUGUAUACACGUGUAUAGUUUGUAUCAUGUAUAGCAAGUUUAGUUUAAUCGCUCCACAAUAUGCAAUGAUUUUGAAGUAGUAACAUAGUAAUAUUUAUGAAUGAAAUCUAUUUUAAUAUAUACAGAUAUAUCUGUUUUAAAUUCCAUUGGAAAUUAACUUUUGGUCGUGUCAACAUUGUGAUAUUAUGGCAAUCAUCGCUAUGAAGACCUUAGUAUCAUUUUUUUUUAAUUUUAUCCACUAAAAAGCAUUUAUAUUUCUUCACAAAAUUCAAUAUAUAUAUACAUAUUACAAGCAAGAAAUUAACCAGAAUUGUUGAUUUUAAUUUAAACUAUGAUAUAUUUAAGGAGAAAAUGAAACCCUACUAAAAACGUGAUUCAUAGACUGAUAUAGCUGAUACUCAUGCAACACUACGGUGGAAAUAACUCAUAAUUGUUUCUAUUGCCCGGAACAAUUUUAAAAAUUAUGAAUACAAAGGCAGCGCACAACAAAAUUUUCAAGCCUACAAAUAAUUUAAGACCCUUUAUGUCUCAUUACUCCUUCAAUCAAACAUCAUACACCCCCCCCACCUUUUUUAUUACGGAGUAUGCACAAACACAUCUUACAGGGCCGGAAUUAGUAUGUGGAGCCCCGGGGAAGACUUUUUUGGAGGUUCCACAAACAAUUUUUCGAAAGCUUUAUUAAAAACUUACUUUUUAACACAUAUUAAUAAUCAUACUGAUAUAUUACAAUUACAGCAAGUCGUAUUUUAGAAGAAAGACAUAGACUAAUUGUAAAUUUUAUCUAAUUUUAAAACAUUAAAAAACCGUUACAAUAGUUA